AUGUCUGAACAGCUUGCUGAAGUUGCCUCUACUGCUCUCGCGACCGUCAAGCCCAAGCGCGCCUCGCCAGAGCUGCCUGCCGAGUCCUCCACCACGGUCCCCUCCAUCCCGCUCGCCGAGUCUUCCUCGACGCAGCAACAAGCUGAGGACGCGCUGGCGCCUGUCUCGAGUGUGGCAGAGGAUGUGGACGACAACCGGACGAGCGCGACAAGCCCUUCGCCUGAGGUAGACGAGCGCGAGGGCUCCGCGUAUGAGGAUGACGAGGGCAUGGCGCAAGACGACGACGAUGAGGAGGACGAGGACGCUGCUGACAUGUCGGACGAGGAUGAGAAGCCGAGGAAGAAGCGUCGCAAGCCGCGCCAGGACUGGACGGCGGAGGAGAACGCAGCUCUUUGGCGCGGCGUUGACUUGAUUCCGCAUCUCGGCCGGAGCAAGGUCACUUUCGGAGGCAGCCGGCUUGCUCGUGGAGACCUCCUUGUCGAGUAUCUUCGCAGAUCGACGGGCUCUGUUCGCACGCGAAGACAGGUGAACGGUCACAUACUCAAGCUUGGCGUUACGGCAGAGUUGAAGAAGCGUCUUCGCGGACCCGAUGUUCCUCUGGAAGAAGCGAAGCGGUACGACUGGUCUGCACUGCUUGGACCGGACCUCUUUCCUGAGUCGAAGCGGAUGUUGUCGAGCGCGAAAGGUCGCCCGACACUGCGUCAAGCCGGUCCUCGCGCCUCCUACCCGCCUACCAUGACCUCGCAGCGCGAGUAUACGCACCACGACUUCUCUUCGUCCCUUCCGACACCGUCUCUUUCGCCUCUUUACAACGUUAGCGAGGCCAUCGCUUCGGCGCAGAUGUUUUCUUCAGGCAGUGCGGGCUUCGCAACUUCGCCUUACGCGCAUACGCAGGUUGCGAGCCAACUCGCGACUCUUCCCGCCUUCACGCCGCGCUUCUACGUUCCCGUCAACAACCAGCACCUGCAGACUUCGCCUUCCCUGAACGAGCUGUCCUGCCUUCUUUCGCCUUUCGCCACCGGUCGAGACUUGACUUCUUUCGUUCGCGCCCUCUUCGCCUGCGGCGUGACUGGCAGGGACGUCUUUGCGGACCUUCUUCUCCUCGACGACGGCAUCCUCGACGGCUUCCUCGACCUCGUCGGCAAGCAGAAGAACCUUGGCGGAGUUCAGCUCGCCUUCGGCAAGAAGGCGCUUCAAGCGAUGAGGGACUCGGAAGCUUGUCGUUCCUCAUGGCUGAUCUGGCUCGACCGAAGGUUCUCUGCUCCGCCCACCGAGGUUUUGUUCCGCUCAUUGACGUACAAUGUCCGCGAGCACGGCAUGGGCGCCAUCGCGAACGGUAUCGCCGCGUACGGCGGAAACCUCGUCAUCCCCGCCAUCGGCACCUUCCUCAACUUUGUCUCGUACGCCGCCGGCGCCGUCCGCCUCGCCGCACUCUCGCACCUCCGCGUCAUCUGGGUUGCCACGCACGACUCACGGUCGCCCACUUCCGCGCCUUGCCCAACUGCAACGUCUGGCGCCCGGCUGGUUCACGGCAACGAGACGUCGGCGUCGUACUACGUCGCGAUGACCUCGACCCACACGCCCUCGAUCCUCUGCCUCACCCGCCAGAACCUCCCGCAGCUCGCCGGCUCGUCGAUCGAGAAGGCGUCCAAGGGUGGCUACGUCCUCCACGAGGUCGAGAACGCCGACGUCACGCUCGUCGCGACCGGAUCCGAGGUCGCCAUUGCCGUCGAGGCUGCCGAGCUCCUCGAGAAGCAGGGCCUCAAGGCUCGCGUCUCGUCCCUUCCGUGCUGGGAGGUCUUCCGUGCUCAGUCGCACGAGUACAAGCUCUCGGUUCUCCCCGACGGAGCUCCCAUCGUCUCGGUCGAGGCUUACACGACUAUAGGAUGGGCCGAGUGGUCCCACACUCACUGUGGGAUUGACCGGUUCGGUUCCUCAGGACCCGCCAAGAAGGUCUACGAGUUCUUCAACCUCACGGGCCCCAAGGUCGCCGAGCGCGCGCAGAAGUCGAUCGACUACUUCAAGAAGCUCGGACACCCCGUCUACUCGCCCGUCUCGCACAGCAUCAACGUCUAA